GAAAAUAACACUCUUCAUCAAUACGUAUUACAAGACAUCUGGAAAGUUUGUCUUUUAAGAAGGCAAAUGUUUUCAGACGAAAUAUCCAACAAAAAGGCUUCGAAGGCACCAAACGAACUGGUUUGAGCUUUGAAAUGCUCAUAUAAUCAGCCCUCUCCGCCCUGUUGUCAUCUCUAGGCACUACAUAUACAAAUUAAACAAUUUUGAGUUUGAUGACAGAUGCGUCAAGUUUGUUUACUUAUUUAACCUCAAAUAGUUGGAUUGUAUGCAUCCAAAUCUGUUCAAAUUAAAUUAAACUAUAUUCUCUGUAAGAUUCAAUGUUUAGCUGUUAGAAGCAACAGAAUUGCGUUGUGUAGUGAACUAACUGAGUUAAGUAGACAAUCAGCUUGGAGUUGGAUGCAACAACCAAAAUGAGCAACGAAAACUCAGGCAUGGAAAAAAUUAUUGAGGAAAUAAAUUCAAAAAAUGCAAAAAAACUGGCUUUUUUUCUGAUACUGUGCUUUGCCUGUUAUCAUGCUCUACUACAUGUUAAAUAUGGGACAAAUUCGUGCCGCUGGUUGCUCUCAGAUGGCCGAUAUAAGGGCGAUAAGGAAUGGCAACCAUAUGGAUGUAUGCUGCACCCUUAUACAAAAAUAGACACCAAACGUUGUUUAAGAUAUAUAGACUAUAAUGGCUACAAAACGCACUAUGCCUUUAUUGGCGACAGCAGAAUUAAGCAGCUGUAUAUGGGCGUUAUAAAACAUAUGGCUCAGAAUGAGCAAAUGCCUGUCGAGUCCGAUAAUGUGAAUUCCAAUUUGUCUUAUACUGACGACAUACUAAAUAUGAAAGUUGAGUUUUUUUGGGCUCCGUUUGUUUCAAAUGCAAUGAUAGACUUUUUUAGAGUUUGGGAGGCAUCAAAAGACCCACCGUCUGUUAUUGUAGUGGGCUCAGCGUUGUGGUCCAUUAUCAAUUCAAAUGGCUCCAAAGAGUCGGUGGAACAAUAUAAAAUCAACCUCACUAGACUGGUGCAGCCCAUUGAUCGGUUAUAUGAAAAAAAGUCCAGAAUCUUAUGGACAAUACAAGCGCCAGUUAAUCAAGAUAAACUUGUUGCUGACAAAGCGGCGGUGAAGAAUAAUUUACUGGAUUUGUAUAACAAUGCCGCUAUAGAGAUAUUGUCUGACUCAAAAGCUAAUUUAUGGUGGAGUAUUCGGCUGAUUGGGCAAGGAAUGGUGCUGGAAAGCCCUGAUGGUAUUCACUUAGCUGAAAGACCAUUGAAACACUGCACUCAGAUCUUGUUGAAUAUGUAUUGCAAUGAUUACAUGAACUUUAAUGAUGGUACUUGCUGCAGCUCAAUGGAAUCGUACACUACUUUGCAGAUUGUGACUUUUGUAAUUCUAGCUUUUUGCGUUCUAACAGCGAAUUGCAUGGGGUUGUAUCGAUUCAUUAUAAAACUUCGAGGGCGGCCGCUUCAUGACUACCAACUGGUGCCAGACGUUGAAAGCGAUGCGCCCCUUGUAAGCACUCAAAAUUACUAUUUACUUUUUACCUCUCUCACGAAAAUGUCCAUUAUUAUGGCGUAUUUCUUUAUAUGCGACCGCACGAAUUUUUUUAUGAAAGAAAAUAAAUACUACUCUGAAUUCAGUUUUUGGUUGCCAAUCGGUUAUGUAAUGGUUUUGGGUUUAUUUUUUACUGAGGACAGUAAACUGACGAAAAUUUUGCACAGAGACCAGUUAAACGAGUGCAAAGGUUGGAUGCAACUGGUAAUCUUGGUUUAUCAUGUCACAGGAGCGAGCAGGAUUUUAAUAAUAAAAAUGCAUAUCAAGGUGUUAAUAUCUUCGUAUCUGUUCCUGUUGGGGUACGAACAGUUUUCCUACGUCUGGCACAGAGGAGACAUAAGUAUUGUGAGUCUUUUCCGAAAUUUAUUUAAACUCAAUUUCAUGACCGUGACUUUGUGUCUUUGCAUGAAUAGGCCUUAUCAGUUUUACUAUUUUGGGCCUCUGCUUUCUUUCUGGUACUUGAUGAUCUACUGUUUCUUCGCAUUUCCACCUCAUAUUACAGCUCAAACGUCUGAGAACAAUUUAAAACAGUUUUUCUAUCUGCUGAUCAAGUUCGUUUGCCUUUUCAGCAUUAUAACGAUACUGUUUAUGUCUGAAGUAUUCUUUGAGAAAAUUUUCGUCACUAGACCAUGGAAAGCGUUAUUUGUUACCACCGACGAUGAUAUUCACGAGUGGUGGUUCAGAUGGAAGCUAGAUAGGUAUUCAAUUAUUUAUGGAAUGUGCUUUUCAUUAUUGCUAACUGUUGGUCAGAAAUAUAAUAUAUUUGACGAUAACAAUCAUUCGAACUUGUUUUCAAAGGGGAUGGCUCUAAGUGCUACUCUAGCCGCAUUUUUAGGGCUGGGCACCUACACGACCAUCACUUUCCUUUGCAGAAACGAGCUGGAAUGCAGUGAAAUCCAUUCGUAUGUUGUAUUUAUUCCCAUAGUGAGUUACAUUUUUCUUAGGAACAUCUCUGGAAUGCUUCGUACGCGCUAUUCCAGUUUUUUUGCAUGGUUUGGCGAGAUUCAUUUAGAACUGUUUCUGAGCCAGUACCACAUAUGGUUAGCGGCUGAUACACACGGCGUUUUAGUGCUAAUACCAGGCUUUCCUGUAUUAAAUCUUAUCAUUACCACUUUCUUGUUUGUUUGUGCUUCACAUGAGAUUCACCAGGUAACUAACACACUCCUACCAUACGCUGUUCCGAGCGAGUGGAAGCAUGUUCUGAGAAACUUUAUAUUGUUUCUAGCGAUUUUAGUACCCAUAGGUAUCAAUGAUGGAAUGUUUUAUUGAAAAAGUGGUUUGGUUUGAUGUUUUUCAAUUUUUAUUUGUCAAAAUUCGGACUAUGGACAUUGCAAUUAUCUCAAUUUGGGUCCAAUACUUGCUCUUCAAGCAGCGUUUUUUAUACAUCCAAGUUAUUACCGCAACACUCAAAUUAUGUUUUACAUACAGUACGGUACUAUUUAUUAUUGAGGUCAGUAGUAAGUAGGCUGCAGAUCAGGGAUUUCCAUUCUGAGAUAUGAUAUAGAGCUAGAAGCAUUAGAUAUUUCUACACGAUACUUUGUGAUACAUAAUUGUAUAUUGUAAUAUUUAAAAUCUGUGAUAUUAAAUGCUAAUGAAAUAUGAAAA